GAAGAGGACGUAGACUUUAUCAAUGAGUACGUGAACCUCCACAAUGAGCUCCGGGGCGACGUCAUUCCCCGAGGGUCUAACUUGCGCUUCAUGGUAAUGCAGAUCGUGACGAAGUCAUAUGUGCCGUGUCACAGAGAACCACUGAAAAGACAGGGUUAAGAGCACAAAAUAAGCUGCAAACCAUAUAUGGAGAAACCAUUUCUUCAAACUUGUGAUGAACUCAUGUUCUGCUCUCUGCUUUGUCAACGCUGAAGUCAGCUGUGCUCCGUGUAGCUGAGGGCUGAGAACCAAGAAGGAAGCAAGCACACUUUCAGAACCUGUGAUCAGCUUCAUCUCAGCCUGCGGGGCUUCAUGCCUGUCAGAACGACAGAGCAUGCGGGCCACACUUGCCGCAACGGUCUGGAUGGUGUUUGUAGUCUCCUGUUACGCAUACACAAGGAAUACUCUGCCAGAUAUCGAAAAUGAGGAUUUCAUCAAAGAUUGUGUUCGAAUUCAUAACAAGUUCCGAUCGGAAGUAAAGCCAGCAGCCAGUGACAUGCUGUACAUGACUUGGGACUCAGCAUUAGCCCAAAUUGCAAAAGCAUGGGCAGAAACUUGCCAGUUUAAACAUAAUGUACAGCUGAAGUCACCCCACAGGCUGCACCCAAACUUCACUUCACUGGGAGAAAAUAUCUGGACUGGGUCUGUAUCCAUAUUUUCUGUGUCUUCAGCCAUCACAAACUGGUACAAUGAAAUCCAAUACUAUGACUUCAAGACUCAGAAAUGCCAAAAAGUCUGUGGCCAUUAUACUCAGGUUGUUUGGGCAAACAGUUACAAAGUUGGCUGUGCAGUACAAUUUUGUUCAAGAGUUUCUGGCUUUGAAACUCUUUCUGAUGGAGCACAUUUUAUAUGCAACUAUGGACCAGCAGGAAAUUACCCAACUUUGCCGUAUAACAAAGGAGCCACUUGCAGUGCCUGCCGCAAGAAUGACAUGUGUUUGGACCAGCUCUGCGCUAACCCACAGCGAGACAAAGUCAAACGUUACUACUCUCUUCAGUAUCCAGACUGGCCGAUAUCCUUACGUAACAGAUACACCUCUCUCUUUCUCAUUGUUAGUCCACUAAUUCAUAUACUGACUGUUAUAAUUACCAUUUUGAUCAAACACAAAUACCCUAAUUUAGUUCUUUUGGAAUAAUACAAUCCAGGACAAAAAAAAUCAUUCAUAUAUGACUUUUUUAAAAACAGUAACAAGUGAAUGUAUGUCUAAUUUGAAAAACAUUUCAGGAAACAAAGUGUGCUCUUACCAAAAAAAAAAAGAAACUGUUCUACAGGAUAAAUUCAUCUUUACUUUUCACUUUUCUGUGAAUAAACAUUAUCUUUGGUAAGAAAGCUAGCCUCUCUAUGUCUUGGCUUCCAAAUCUGUAAAAUGAGUGAGUUACAUUUAGGUGAUUCUAACUCUAUCGGCCCUCAUUUUUAGUUACAAACAUCUCUACGUUACUUGUCAUAUGCUGCCUCGACUCUAAACAUCUGUGAUUUUUUUCCCUCACUCUACUGCAACUUGGUAUCUCUCUGUUUUACCUCUCCCCAGAUUUAGGAUAGAGUACUAAUUAAGGAACUUGAUUUAAGAGGCUUAUGGGCUAUAUAAUCUUGGUAUAAAAAGUAAAAUGUUUAGUUGCUAUCAUUAAAGAGGGAGAGAGAACACUGAAAAUUUGAUUUGCCUCAAAACCAAAUGCUGGGACAUGAUAAUAUUUAAUAGUCUAACCAGUGGUGUCAGUCACUGGAUUUUAUUGAUAAUUACAAUAGCUAAACAAUAGUUCGACGGCAGUGGGCUUAAACAACACUCCAAAAAUUUUAUAUAAAAUAACCUAAAGAAAUUACUCCUAAAAUCACAAUUAGGCAAAAUCUGCUUAGAAUAGAUUAGGCCCAACAUACACAAAGACAUAUAUAUAGGUUUCUAGUACAAAAUUUUUCCAAAAAAAACCCACAUGAAUAUAAUAAUUUAUUUAUAAAGAACUCUGUUCUGGAAACAAAAGAAACUAGAAAAAAACGAUCAAAGUAUUCCUUCUCAUAGAUACGGCAACUAAUGCCUAGUAUACCUCAAAAUCCUUUACAAAAGGAGAUAGCUUAAGAAAUGCUAGUUCAGGGUUUUUUUUUUGUUUUUUUCUUUUCCUAUGUUACUUUUUUUUCUUCUUUUUCUUUUCAUUUGCUUCCAUCUUAAGCUUAAGUUCUUCAGCUGUAAGUGCUCCCAGUUUCUUAUUCUUUGCUUUCUUAACCUUUUCUUUGAUGGCAGCCACAUCAAUUUUAGUUUCAUUAGAAGCUAGACAAGUGAAAAACACAAUAUAUGUAAUCCUUUACAUUUUACCAAAUAAAGCAUAAACAAUAUGUGGUUAGGACAAUAAUUUGAGAGUACUGUUACAACUGAAAGGUAAUAUAAAAUACCUGCCUAAAUGCAGGAAAUUCUGAACCACCAUUUCCAACUUUCUUCAAAUUAACAAUAAAUCAUAAAGUAAAGCACUAUAACAUACAUUAGUACAAGUACGCACAAAAAUAACUUUAAAGCUGAGAAAUUCAAACCAGUUACUGAAUUCAGCUUUAUUAAAAUUGUAUUUUUCCUGAAAUCCACUUGAGAUCAGAUUAUUUUUAUUCUUUUUAUAUUCUUUUAGGACUUUAGACUACUCAUUAAUAUGCCAAUUAUCUAUCAUGUAUAAAACUAAUUUAAAAUUACAGUUCAUGAAGAAUAUUACAUGUAACCCUUUAAGCCUCAAUGCAUUUAAUUAGCUAACCAUGAAACCACAGGUUAAAACUGAUGUUAUCUAACACCACAACAAAAAAAAAUCAAAAUAAAAAUUUUUCAAAUAGUUCAAUGAAUGAGUAGUAUGUUAUUUAACAAAAUUUCGGCAGUAAAAACAAUAACUUAGGUAAGUUUGUGAAGGUCCUCCUAUAUAAUCAACCAUAUAAUCAAUGUCAAAAACAUGAAUAAAAUAGGGGAAGGAAGCACAAAACAAUGCAACCUUUUCUGAUGAUUUAAAGUACAGUAUUCAAAGCACAAAAGUACUGGAGGAUAAAAAGUUCAUACAAACUAUCCAGCAACUUGAGGAACAAAGAGAUUUAAAGCUUCCACUAUAGUGGAACAGCUACAUUUUAAAUUGCUAUUAGAGACUAAGGCUAAAUUAGCUAGUGAGUACCUUCAAAAUAAGUAAGUGCAUAAACUGGAAAUUUUAAUGCUUAAUGUUUUUAAUUUUAUAUAACCUAUUUUUUAUCAUCUACAAAGUAGAAUACAGUAUUUUUAAGUUAACAUUGCCAUAACAUUAAGAUAAUAAAAUAGUAAUGGGUUACAGCUGUUUUUGACCACUAGGUCAUGUACACUCCUGCCACUAUGCCCACCCUCCCACACUGUGCCACUAUUCACUUUGGAGGGUUACUUUAGGAAGCAUACAAGUAUUACCAGAGAAAGGGAAUGCAAAAGACGAGAAAAUAAAUCAGGUAAAAUGAGGCUAGAAAUGAAGCAUAAGGGAAAAGUGCUUUUCCUUAGCAUCUUUUUAAUAAAAAAAAAAAAUAGCCUCUCAAUAAUUUCUUCCUGUCAUACCGUUAGUGUUCUUUAGCCCAAAGUAAUGAGAAAUCCAUGCUAAGAGUAAUGGAACAAAACUUUAAGCCAAAGAACACACAAAUAAAUGGAAGAAAAGCCCAACCUCUUACGAGCCCUUUCUGACAGGCAUGAUAGCAAGCUCAGGGGUGUCACUGCUUCACUGUUACCUUAUCUCUAUAGGGGAUGCACUGCUCUGGUUAUGGCUCUCACAACAAAGGGUCCCUCCCCAGCCCAAGACACAGACAAGGCACUGUCAAUCUGGAAUACCCUGAAAUAGCCAUUAGUUACUACUAAAUAAUAAAUUACCCAGGACAUUUAUUGUUCCUUGGAUUAAUGAAAUGCUAAGAUAAUUGAUGGAGGAUAUGGUUAUUUUUUUACUUGAUAGUCAGAGAUUCGGACAAAUUCAGCUGAAAAACAAACAUUACCUUCCUUGGGCUUCACAACUGGUUUUUCUUUAGGUGGAAUAAAAGCUUUCUUUCUUUCUUCUUGUCUCUUACUGACAGCUUCUGCUUGUUUAGCCUACGUUAUUAAUAGAGCAUACGUUAGUAAAAUAAAAUUCACAGUUAAAUAAGGAUUCAAGUUUCCAUGAGCUCUGCUAAUAAUGUUGUGAGGUAGACACAAACAGUAUUACCUUUAUUGCUUCCAUUUUCUGUCGCUUCUUCUGACUUGCCUUCAAAAAGUAUUCGCCACUAGCCAAUUCUUUAUCAAUCUGUAGAAAAGGGCAUUUACAAUUACUUCAGGAAUAAUGUAGAUGAGAAAUCAUUUCCUAAGACUGAAACCUAGGAGUAAAUUUUUAACUUUGCAACUCUGGACAAAGGACUAUUUGAAUACACAGCUUCAGACCUUUUUUUCCCAGAUAAUAAAUUCAACCAUUGCUAGACCCUAGAAUGGGUACCAAACGAGUAUAAGGCAGUGUUCUUGGACUCCAUAAGCCUAUUAAUUAGUAGGGGACAUAAAGCAAGUACCCAAACCCCUACAGUGAAGGCUGCAUAUGAAAAUAUAGUCCACUUUCCCCAGCAUAUGUUGUUCCCUACCACACGUAUAGGUAGAGUGAGCAUUCAGUAUGGGACACAAGGUGAUUGAAAGUAUAUAAAAGAACCAAAUUAGUAAUUACAGAUAAUAAUUAUCCAAGGAAAAACAAUUAUUUUCAACUCUGUAAGAAUUAACAAAAUACAACUGACAAAGGCCACACUGCAUGUGGUAAGGUCUGUUACUGGCUAAAAUUUAAUAAAAUAAAAUCUGCAAAAUUAGACCUGGAGAUUGGGACUUAAAGGGAAUUCAUGGUGGCCGAAGCUAAUUCAGUAAAAUCUGAUAUUAAACAAAAAAAAAAGUUUGAAGAAUCAAAUCCUCACUGUCAAAAUUAUACAUGGAAAAGUAAAUUUAAUAAAAAACAUAAAAGCAUAGAAAAAUUAGAACUAUUUUACUGCACUAUAAAGAAAUUUAUUCAAGACUUGUAUCAGCUUAAUAGUAUUUAAUAUGGAAACACUCCUGUGCAGAAAUUUCAGUAUUAGUAUAGUUUCAAUAUAAAUCUUUACAAAGUCAUAGUGUUUUUGGGAUUAGGACAGAGUGGUUAAAACUCCCUAUGACAUUCUUAAAGGCAAGACAUAAAAAGAAAGAAGUGUACUCUAAGCUCAGGGAAAUACAUGCACAAAAAGCACGGAAGUGGUCAAGUAGGUGAUGUGUUCAUGAGAUGCACUACACUUUGGUUUAGGUGGAGUGAAAGGUCAAUGUUUCAGCAAACUGUAAGAGGAAAUUGGAAAGACAGUUUUGGAAAAGCCUGAAAAGGCCUUUAUAAAGAAGCCAGGAUAUGAUUUGAAAUGACUGAAAGUUUCUGAGAAGAGACUAAAGUAGCAUUUUAAUAAGGUACAGAAGAAGAAAGAGGAAACAGUAAGAGACUGAAAUAAAGGCAAUGGCGUUCAGAAUGAUGAGCAACUGCCAGGAUUUGGUGAUUAAUUAAAUACUAAUUAGAGAAAACCACAGUUGGUUCAUUCAAUAUAUAGUCAAUAAGUACCCUUGUUCUAUCUAUCUUAUAUAGUGUUAUCAUAUCCAAGGCACUGUUCUAGGCUCUUUACAAGUACUAACUCAUUUAAUCCUCAUUAACAAUUCUUUGAGAUAGGUCUUAUUAUUACCCUCAUUUUAUACAUGGGGAAACUGAGGCAUAGAUGAAUUAAACAGCUUGACCAAAGUCAUAUAGCAAAUAAGUUGGCAGAACAAGUCAAAUGAGACAUCGCUGUCUUCAAGAAACCUACAGUCAUAGGAGAGAAAGACAAGUCAAUCAGUAAUUAUAGGACAGGGCCAUAAGAAGUAUGGCAGGUGCUAUGGAAACAUGAUUUAAUAACUAGAUCCCUCUACUUUUCUCCAACUAUCAGUCUCCUUCUGGCUUCACUUUCCAAAGUAGACCCCAUGGUCUACCACUUCCAUUUUUUUGCACUGGAAUCAUCAUUCCUUUUCUCCCUUUGACCUUUCUUCAUACCUUCCCUGAAAAAACCCCAAACACAGGGCUGUGGAGAGGAUGGUAUAUACAAAGAGAUAGGGUUACAUGCUGAGUAGAAAGAACUAGUAGAGAGGGAAGACUUCAAGAUACAGCAUAGGGAGGGGAUAAUGAAGCAAGACACCUUAAGGAAUAGUUAUAAGGUAGAAUUCAAAGAAGUAAAAAGGUUGAUACAAAUAGGAAAAAAAAAAAAUUGUGGUAAGAGAAGAGGAAGAUGAGAAAAUUCUUAUAUCAAUUAUUUCAGUAAACGAAAAGGCAAAAGUCAUCUGCUAAGAGUGGGAGAGUCUGAGGGAAUUAAGAAGAUACACCGAACUGCCAGACAAUAUUGAGAACCUACCUGAAGCUGGAAACAUGAAUCUACAGUGGAUUGAACCCAAAGAUAUUAUUUUCUCCUACUAUGUUUGGUAGUCACAGUAUGGAAAAGAAACCACGUUUUUGGACUGAUCCAAGUUUUAGGAUUUUUCAGGGCAGGUGUGAUAGAAAGAAAGGGAGGCAUGAAAGAAAGAGUGAUGGGCAAGAGUGAAACAAAUUCUGGUCAUGCUGAGAAAUGAAAUGAAGCCUGAAGGCAGUUGACGCAAUGGGAGAAAACGGAGGGAUUCAUAACUUAGAGAAAGGGUAGAUAUUAGAAUUUAAAAUUUCAGAGCUGGAGCAGUCAUAUAUAUAGUACAUUGUCACGGGAAUAUUAUAAGACAGAGUAAGAGUAUUGUAGGGCUAAACCAUUGGGGUUUUUUUAAUCCAUAAAACGUUUACAGUGGCUACAGGGACACACUGCCACCAACCACCUUAAUGAGUUUAUACUCAUGAUGUAGAGUCUCCACUCCACCCCUCACUUCCAUUAACUUAGCCUCAAAAUUAAGUUCAUUUACACUUACCCUCAGUUCUUACAACUCUACACACUCAAAUGUGUACGUGCAUGCACGUGUGCACGUGUACACACAUACAUGCACAGAAAUCCCACCUAAAAUACCCACAAUAAAGUUUUUGACAAAAUAGAUUUAUUUAGUCUCCCCCUCUUUUAAAGAAAUUCAAGAUUUAAUACUGACCUGACUUUCUGGCUGUGGUGGUGGGAAUGGUGUAUACUCUUUCUUAACAGUUUUCUUCUUCGGUUCCUUGCGUUUAUUUACAUUUUUGUGUUUGAACUGUGGCAAAAAUCUUUCCCAACUUUGUGAUCUUAGUUCAGAAUCUUUUGCCAAUUCUCGUUUAAUCAUUAAAGUCUUUAAUCAAGGAAACAGAAGAAGAAAGUAAAAAUUUUUAAUUUCAAAAGUCAUACAUUUGUGAAACAAAUACAAUAAAAACAUUGUUUCUAUAAAUGAUGAAAUUAAAAGAGGUAAGCAGUAGUUCCUAGUCUCUCUGGUGAGAUUAAACCAGUUCCAUAAAGAAAAACAGGGCUAUCUCAAGCAUGCAUAAUUAGUCAAGCAUUAGAAAACCAUUAGAAAUUUAGAUUAAGAAAUGCAGAACUGUUAAAAUAUUUGAGAUGAAAAUGAAACUAAUUCAGCUUUUUGACUCUUAUUGCAUUAAAAUCAUCAAAUUCAAGUUAAUAAUAGCAAGGGGUGAUUUCUUAUUAGCUCUAUAUUCCCUGUGAGCAGAAGUGUUUAGUAGCCACCAAGAUCUUUCACAGGCAAAGAGAAAAGCAGAAUAAAUGUGUUCAUGAUUAGAUAAAAUCAAUACUCUCCCAUUUCUGCCACUCUGCUCGAAUUUUAUGGACAUUGAUGCAUCAAAGGAUACAAACCAGGCAUUAGAUGCACCGCUAGCUCUCCUUUUAUGUGCAAUGUCCCAGUGUAACUGAAAAUCACUUUUUCACUUCAAACUCUGAGACUUUUAAGUUUCAAUUGAUUGCUCAACAAACAUCCAUCACCAUGGCUCAUUAUACCAUGGUUAUAUUUCCAAGCACAAUUAUGAACUUUGUACACACAGUAGACCUCUCUCAAAAGGCCUACAAUUUGAGUUUGAAAUCCCAAAAAAGGUUUUAACGUGGUAAGAUAUCCCAGACUUUAUUUAAAAGAAGUAUAAUUGAUAUAAUCUAUGACAAAUUCCAUGAAGCUCAUUUUCAUUGUAUGACAAUUACAUAAUACUCAAUAGUUUUCAAACUGUGCUCUUAAGGCUGGGGUGAAAUAGAAAUGGAGUUAAGUGGCUAAACUCUACCUUUAAUUUACACAAAAUAGCUCUGCUUUAUCUAUUUUAUAUAUUAGCUUUCAUAAAAUAUUUAACUUCAGGAAAAGUUUCUGUACCUAAGAGAAGUUUAACAACCACCAAUAUGGUGAUAUAUAAUUAGCACUCACUUUAAUGUUAUAUAUUGGAUGAAUAUUCUUCAUAGUAUCUAGGACUACUUUCCGAACCUGAAAUUUAUGAAUAAAAAUAAAUUAGUCACAAGGAUUUCAAUGAAUUGGAUAGGAGAGGACUACUACACUACAAAAUAUCCUAUGUAUCAGGCAAUAGCUACCAAAUUGAAUAUACAGUAAAACCUGGGUGAAAGCUGAACUUGUGUAAGAUGGGAAUCUGUCAGAGAAGAAAAACUCAAAUAUUUUCCACCUCAAAUAUUUUCCUCUAGAUAGUGACAGGAAAGUGGUGACUAUACCCUGUCAAAGGCAGAAAAAUUGUGAGACCUGGAAAAACAAGGCAGUCCUAUGGAGUACCGGCUCUCACAGGUUUCACUGUAGUAGUCCCUUCAACUGCUGAGUGGCUUCCAGAACUUUCGUAAUAGUCACCCUCUUCUGAAUACAAUGAAGUUUCUCAACUUUUCUGUUAAAAUGUGGUACCUAGAACUACAACACCACUCUGGAGCUAUUUAAUUUAGGGAGAAGAGGGCUGGUUUUAGAGUCAGAAAGCGUAAAUUAAAAUAAUGGGACUGCCACUUCAUAUAGGAAAGUCCCAUCACUCUCCUGUUCCAGGUUUCUCAUUUGUAAUAUGGAAAUAAAGCUAUCUUUACCUCAAAGGUCCAUUGUAAGAAUUAAAUAACGUAUUUUAAAGACUAUAAAGUAUUCAAGAUAUUUAAACUGUAAUUGCCUUAUGAGAAAAAGGCAGAUAAUUUAUGAGAAAGAGGUCAAAACAGAAUUACUAUUAAAGGGCCUGGAAAGGAACCAAGAUGGAAAACCUCACAGCCACAUUUAGACAGGAACAGCAUCAAAGAGAGUGAACAGAAAAGCUCUGCUCCACAGAUUUUCUUAUAACAUUAAUUUAACAAAUUAAAUAAAAUUCUCAAGAAAACAUUUAUUAAACUCUGCAUUAAAAAUUCAAACAAAACAAAAUAUAUCUUUAAAGAAAAAAGUCUUCAGACUCUGCCCUCUACUGGCUGAAUGCAUUACUGCAAAUGAGAUCUAUGGAAGUCUCCAAUCAUUUGAGCACACGUAACUGUUUCUGGUAUGUGCUAUGGAACCAAGAUUUUAAGCACUCAUUUAAAAUUUGUAGUGGGAAGAGUGAUGAUGAGCAGACUUUCUAAUUCAGAAACAGAUUCUCCACAGUUGCCAAAGGUUGACCAUAAUAUGUUAGGCUCCAGGAGUGGUAAUUCAUUCAAAUAACAUGAAGUGCAAAUUAUUUACUAAUGGGAAUCAAACAACACAUACUUUAAAAACAAAGUAAUUAUAAAACCAUAUUUAAUCCAAUGAACUAUUACAACCAAACUAUUUAAUUUUCUCUCUGAUGCAAAUUAACUGAAGAUAAUAAAUAGUUCUCAUUUACCUCUUUUAAGCCACUGAAGGGUCCAAUGGCUGACACCGUGUUUCCCUGAACCAUAACGUAACAGUUUGUUAACAGUUCCAAUGCCUGUCUCAAAAGAACAAUAAGUUGAAAUUUAGUACACUGAAAAAACUAACGAUAGAGGUAGAUAUUUAUGCCUUCCACUGAUUAAAAAGUACCUUCAAUGUAGAUCCUUUGGGCCCAAUAAGUCGUUGUCUUCUUUUUACAAAUCUUUCUUUAUUUCGUACUAAAGAACCUAUUUUAAUGAUGUCACAUGCAACAUCAUCCUGAAGAAUUCGUACUGCCUUUUAGAAAAAUAAAGAUAAUAAUCUCAUCAAUAUUGUUUACAAAUAUAUUUCUUUACCAGCCCAAGCUACUAUCUAAGCAUAAACAUGAAGAGUAUAUAGCAAAAGAUUUUAUAUGCUGUUAUACGCUGUCUAUAAUAUUCAUACAACCAAAGCAAAAUUUUUGCAAUUUUAGAGUUACCUGAUCAAAUGAAACACUCCUUGCUAAAAGUUUUAUUAGGUCUCUGGCCCUAAUGAUGAUAUAUGGGUCAAAAGUCUUCUUUGUUGUACAAACAGUCAUGCUGCCCUCAAUCAAGUCCAAGGUUGCAUUAACGUGCUACAAAAAGGACAGAGCAAACAAGCAGUUGUCUAAGAUUGCAUUCAAUUUUAGAUAAUUAUAGCACUCAUCUUAACCAAACCAAACCAAACCCCACUGCUGUUGAGUCAGUUCAGACUUACAGUGACUCUAUAGGACUGAGUACAACUACCCCACAGGGUUUCCAAGGCUGUAAAUCUUUACAGAAGCAGGCUGCCACAUCUUUCUCCCACAGAGUGGCUGAUGGGUUCAAACUGCUGACCUUUCAGUUAGCAGCCUUUUGGUUAGCAGUGCUUAACCACUACCAAACCAUUUAUCAGUUUCUGUGCCAUUAAGUCAUCUUUCAAAUUCUUUCAACUCCCACCCUGAAGAAGCUGGAGAGUUAAAAGAUAAAAUAAUAACUUGAUUACUCUCAUCCUUCACAUAAUAUCAGAAAUCUAAGCAAUUGAAACCACUUAUACUUGGCUUUAGAAUACACUGUAUUACUAGAAUAAAGAUUAUCUCUAGUUUAAAAAAAACACAUUAAUCCAAAUGAGACCAUACUUUAGACCUAACAUAGAAAUGUAAAGCUAUAUAGCUUCCUCAGCCUGGACUCAGCUCCAAUCUACAAUCCACUCCCUAGAUGAAAACAGACUUUCCCUUCCAAUCUUUCUUCCAAUUGGUUAGGGAACUAAGGGCAAAGUAAAAACAAAUUAUCAUAGAUUCAGCAAGAAUCUGUAAUUAUGAAAAUUUAAGCAUUUAUUCUCAAAAGAAAGAAUAAGAUUUAAACAAAGCAAAUAAAAAUAAUAUUUUCUGACAAAUGAGCAUAAUCUGAGCAAUAUUUCAACACAGUGAGUUGAUAAACAAUAUGCUUAACGUAAAGGUAAAGGUAUAAACGAGAAAAAUCUCAAAGAAAUGGAUAAAAUGUACAUACAUGUUCAUUCAAGGCUUUCUGUACCAAUGGCCAGCAUUCUUUCAGGUAAGCCUCUCUAUAUUUUGGGAACAAAGUGGCAAAGCUGCUCUCCUCCAGGAGUCCUCUGGGAUUGUCCUCUUUGGAAAAAGCUGGUUCUUUCCAACCAUCCGGAACAGUGAGGAGUUCUGAGUCACCUAUAGAAGGUAAAAAAUUUACACGCCACAUUUUAUCUGUCUUUUGGACACUUUUUGAACACUUCUAUGUACACAUUCACAAGCUUCCCAAUACUCUUCCUUACACUUUCUCUCCCUCUGCUUUUUAUACAUUCAACAGUCAAAGAAAAUGCCUCUGUCAUUAUCAUCAAUACACUAUAUUAUCUGUUUAUGUUUUAGUCAUCUCAUAAGUUCCUUAAAGGCAAGAACUCUCCUCUUCCUUGUAUCCACACAGGCAGGCAUAUGCUGACAGAUAGUGGGUACUCAAGAAACUUCUACUACACUAAACUACUACACUAAACUAUAAAGUUAUUUAUAGUUAAGAUAGUGAUGUAAACAAAAUGAUAUUUGAGAUCCAAAUAUCAUUUUGUUUACAUCACUAUCUUAACUAUAAAUAACUUUUCUGACUUCCCUGGAAUAGAGCCCAGACACACGUAAUAUGUGUCCAUGGGUGUGUACAUAUGCAUGAAAAUGUCAAAGGCUGAUUCUCAUGUAUACUUUCCAUUAAUGAUAACUUAUAUAGGGCUUUAGGUUUUGCAAAGAGUUUUCAAGUGCCUUAUUUCUGUAUGCCCUUCAUGACACUAUGAAAGGUAGCAAGAACCAGGAUUAUUAUUCUCAUUUUAUGGGUAAACACACAAUCCAAAAAGGAUAAGUGACUUGCUUAAGGGAACACAAAGCUGAUUCAGUUUAGGACUUUCUUCACUCACACAAAAUGCUUCCAAAGGACCAUAAAUUAUCUCUCACAUUGUUUUUUAAAAGUUGUGGUCCUGGAUUUUAAGACCCUCUUAAAUCCAAUAGCUAUUCUCUAAUCUAAAACUACUCAAAAGUAUGAUCCACAGACUUUCAGCAUCAGUAUCACCUGGGAGUUUGUUAGAAAUCCAGUUCUUGGGCCAACCCCAGACUAGGGAACCAGAAUCUCUGGGGUAAGGCCCAGGAAUGUGUGUUUUAACAAUCUCGUCAAGAGACUCCUACGUAUACUAAAGCUUCUCAGACCUGAACCCAUUGUAUCAAUCCCAGUCAGGUAAACUUAUUUUCUGCUUCGUGUACUCAUAUCCAGUUUCUUUUUUCUGGUUCAGAUCACAGAAAAUUAGUCAGAUGCAUGUUUCAUUCACUCCCCCAAUAUCCAUAAAAAGCCCUCAACAUUUGAAAACAGUAAUUACUUAAAAUACAUAUCUGCUCAAGUCCCUACCCAAUUUAAACACUUCAAUGACUAUGAAUUAAUAAGUAAGAAAAAGAUAAAUCUACCUACCCUCCCCCCAAAAAACUGACAAAACAAAUAAGCAGGAAUUUCACAACAGAAGAAAACACAAAUAGCCAUCAAAAAAAAAAAAAAAAGGGGGGGGGAAA